CCAGCCUCAUUUUAGCUUACAACUUGCAUGUGCUUUUUCCCUUUCUACCAACCAAUUUUCUCUCGCGACCAUCAUUGUCCGUCGAUCUCGAGAGUCCAUUGUCAUCCGUUCAUUCAUCCCACGUAUUCCUUUUUUCCCCCAAUUAAUUCAUGGAAACAAUCGCCUAGUGGAAUCACAAAUAUUUAUAGAGAUUAUCCCUUAAGAAUCAAAACAUACAACAGAGGUCCUCUUUUGCGACUUCAAUUCAUUCGACUUCCUUUUAAUUCCCUUUCAUUCCUCCAGCCUUGCGCCGACUCGGCUCCCGCUUCUUCAUUUGUCAUCCACCUCAUCACCCGAUCUUUUCAAUAAACUUGCCCAGUACGCUGCGGCUAUGUCUGACUUUAAUCAAUUCGGCACCUCUGAUGAGGAGAACGCCGAGAUCAAGAAGCUGACUACUGAAGUUGAAGCUGAUACCGACAACUUCGAAUCCUGGGAAAAGCUUAUUCGUGCCUGCGAGGCUCAGGAGGGUGGACUCAACCGCAACUCCAGCCCACAGGCCCUCGCCACUCUUCGCGAUGUUUACGAUCGCUUUCUCCUCAAGUUCCCGCUACUUUUUGGCUAUUGGAAGAAAUAUGCCGACCUCGAGUUCAAUAUCUCUGGACCCGAAUCCGCCGAAAUGAUUUACGAACGUGGAUGCGCAAGCAUAACGAACUGCGUCGAUCUUUGGGCUUCCUACUGCUCCUUCAAGAUGGAGACCACUCACACCCCCCAUUUAGUCAGAGAACUCUUCGAGCGAGCCGCCAACUGCGUGGGUCUCGACUUCCUUGCCCACCCCUUCUGGGACAAGUACAUCGAGUAUGAAGAGCGACAGGAGGCACACGACAAGAUAUUCGUAAUCUUGCAACGAGUGAUCCACAUCCCGAUGCAUCAGUAUGCUCGUUACUUCGAACGAUUCCGUCAACUUGCCCACACGCGUCCUAUCAAGGAGCUAGUACCUGCCGAUACUCUUGCGCGUCUUCGAGCAGAAGUGGAGGCCGAGAGUGCUGCACUCGGCUCGAUGCCGCGGGCCGAACUUGAAGUUGAGCGAGACAUACGUGCCAAGGUCGACACGAUGUUCUACGAGAUCUUCCAGAAAACACAGGACGAGACGAACAAGCGGUGGACGUAUGAAUCGGAGGUCAAGAGACCUUAUUUCCAUGUCACAGAGUUGGAGAACUCACAACUCGCAAACUGGCGAAAGUAUCUCGAUUUUGAAGAGAGCGAGGGUGAUUUUGCCAGAACCACAUUCCUAUACGAGCGCUGUGUCGUUACCUGCGCUCUGUAUGAUGAGUUUUGGUUAAGAUACGCUAGAUGGAUGUCAGCCCAGCCCGGCAAGGAGGAAGAGGUACGCCACAUCUACAUGAGAGCUGCCACUCUCUUCGUCCCCAUUAGCAGGCCAGGCGUCCGACUACAGUUCGCCUAUUUCGAGGAGUCGUGUGGCCGUACUGGUGUCGCCCGUGACAUUUACGAGGCUGUACUCAUGCAACUGCCCGAUUGCGUAGAGGCUAUCGUAUCUUGGGCCAACCACGAGAGGCGCCAGAAUGGGCUCGACGCGGCCAUCCAGGUUUACAAAGAGCAAAUCGACGCGCCUCACGUUGACAUUUUUACGAAAGCCGUCCUCGUCACUCGAUGGGCGUACUUGCUGUGGAAGAUCAAGGGAUCAGUCGACGAGGCCAGAACUGUGUUCCUAAAAAAUGUCCAGUGGUACGCCGACAGCCGCCACUUCUGGGAGAAGUGGAUUGCAUUUGAGUUGGAGCAGCCCACGAGCUCGGAGCUGGAACCACAGCAUGCCGAGCGAGUGAAGCAAGUUUUCGAUGAAUUGUUGGCGAAGAGCAGAAUAUCAUCGGCCGCUAAGCAGGACCUAUUCCUGACAUACCUAACCUAUCUCCAAGAACGGGGCGGCUCGGAUGCCAUGAAGCAGUUCCUUGCUAUCGAUCGUGAGAUUUACGGUCCUCCUUCGUUGGCAGUUCUUGACAAGCCUACGAUCAAGGAAAACGGAGCAGUGAAGAGCCCGAUGGACCCGGCGACGCGUGCUAGAGCUGAGAGUAACUAUCCAGCAUACUACGAGUAUUAUAUGGAGCCCGACUCUAGCGCGCAAGGCACUGCGUCUUUCCAGUAGGAUUGAAGAUUCUAGAUAACCCGGGGGGUUCUAGACGUAUAACGAGCACGACACUGAGGCAAUGGGACGAAACGAGGCAACAGACCGUGUAUCAUAUUGAAAAAUUUCUGCUCCAGCUAGAGGAUCAAACUAGGGUAUAAUAGGGGCACGCGAGAUAUCAGACCACUGGAGAUUCAAUGUUUAGGAGUGGGUGGUAUGUGUGAGGGCUUGAUUUAUGUGUAUACUGGGCAUGAUGUAGCUCAAGCUGUGCCAGUCGAAGAAGAGAAGCUGACGACAGUUAAAAAAGUAUAAGGCGGUAGUUUGCUGCGCAUACUUGACGAUCAAUUGCAAAUGAAAUUAAUUUCCCCAGAAAUCCAGGAAUCCAGGAAUCCAGGAAUCUAGAAUGUUUAUUAAUAGUGUUAAUGAAUCGUGUUAAUGCUGUGAAUAAUUACUAACUACCUACCUAGUAGGCAACCUAGG